AUGUCUGAGCUCGAGACCAGGGCUGUAACUGACUUUGUAAGAAGCCGAAAGGACAGCUUCCUGUGUUUCCUCAGCAUCCACUCCUAUGGCCAGAUGCUCCUGAUUCCCUACGGACACCCCAACUACACCGCUCCCAACUAUGAUGAACUGAUGAUGGUUGGUCAGGGAGCAACAGAAGCAAUAUGGAAGGUUCACCGAACAAACUACACUGUAGGAACCCCGCCCGAUGUAUUAUACCCCAUAACUGGUUCAGCCACUGACUGGGCUCGGAUGCAGGGGAUCCCUUUAACCUACAUCAUUGAGCUGAGAGACAAUGGGACAUACAGGUUUGAGCUUCCUGAGGAUCAGAUCCAGCCUACAUGCGAGGAGGCCUACAGAGGAGUUUUGUACAUCAUCACCUACGCCCACGACAAGACGUUUAACGGUGCUGUAGCCAACACUGCUGUGACCCUUUCAGGCAUACUGUUGGCAGCAGGUGUCACUGGAGCCACCCUGAGAUGA